AUGGAUAGUUCGCCCCGAGAGAGCCGUCUUUUCGUGUUUGAGUUGUGCUCUAUUUGGGGGUGUGUCAUUGGUUCUUGGGCCGUGUUGCAGGUUGCUACACCUCUCGUUCUGAAGGACAUUGUUGGAAAGACUGAAGCGCCCACAUGGCAGGGUAUCUUUACAGCCACAACGGCAGUGAGUGGAGUGGUUCUUUGCGGUCUCACCGGUCACUUCUCGGAUCGUAUGGGUCGUCUUCAGUUUCUGACCCCGUGGAUGGUUUUCUUUUUUGUCACGACAGUUCUUGUUGUGCUCAGCGAUAUUCAUGGCUCAAUUUACAUGUUGUGGGUGGCUCGAGUUGCCGCGAUUUCAGUCCCUUCGACAAUAUUACAUGCCUUUUUCUCUGACUACAUGAAGGGUAACGCGUUGUUGGAAUCAUUUGGUUACCUUGGGGCAACGUUUAGUACGUCGAUGAUCACCUCCUCCUUUCUGUGUGGGGUGAUUAGUUGGUAUUAUUCACGUGUCGCCGCGUUGACUUUUGGCUCGUGUCUAGCAUGCAUUGGCAUGCUGCUCACCUUUGCGGUAAAGGUUCCCAUUCGACCGCUAGAUGCUUCGUCCACGGCGGAGGUCAAAACGGAGACAACUCCUUUGUUUGCUUCGGCUAGUAGUUUGGCGUGUAGUAUGUCUACGAUCUACAAGGAUACGCUGUUGAGGAAUCUUAUUUGUUCCCUUGCGCUUCUGCGGGUUGGUAAUGUUACUACCCAAAUGAUGCUUGUGCUCUUUGUGGAUUUUCGCCUCGGUUGGGGAUUACCCGAGAUGAGUAUCAUGGUUUCUGUCUCCGCCAUGUUUUCCGUGCUGUGUCAAAUCGUUGGUGUCAGGUUUGUGAUUUCAAGCGAUAUUGUAUUGCCGGUGCUUUUUAUUGUCUUGGCGAUGAUUCCUCUUCUGACGGCGUCCUACGCCAUGGCGGUGACAGGUCCUCAGAUGUACCUGGUGUCUAUUUUGGGAUCAAUGGCAUCAAUUGCCCCAACAAUCUUUAGCGCGAAGAUCACGGCAAUUGCUUCGGAAGAUGGUGUGGCAGGCUUAGUGCUGGGAUGUGUGGGAACCCUGCAGAAUGUACUGGAAGUUUUUGUGGCUCUCACUAUGGGAAAACUUCUAUCGUGGUCCCUCGAGAAUCAGCCCCGCACGAGCAUACUGAGUGGUCUUCCGUUUAUUGUUAAUGGGGUGUUUCUAAGCGUUGUGGUGGUGAUUGUGCUCUACACCCACAAACGUUACGGCUCCGGGAGGACCUCUUGGGUUGAGGCUGCACACCCUUAA